AUGAACGAUUUUCAGGUGUGCACAAAGUACGCGGAGGCGGUGUACAGAUACGAGAAGACCUUCCACCUGCCGCCGCAGACGGUGAGGGUGGACCAAUGCGCGGAUAAAGGCGUGCCUUUCAUCGUGGGGGGCGUUGAAGCCACCGCCAAUGAGUUCCCGCACAUGGCGCUGUUGGGUUACGGUAACGAGAAGGCGCCCAGCUGGGAGUGCGGAGGUUCGCUCAUCAGUGAGCGCUUUGUGCUCACCGCCGCCCACUGCAUCACCACCGAAUUGGGCAGCCCGAAGGUGGCGCGCCUGGGGGAGCUGAUCAUCUCGAACGCGGACGAGCGCAACCGCCACGAGGACUUCGCCGUGGCGCAGAGCAUCCCGCACCCCGAGCACAAGUCGGGCGUGCGCUACUUCGACAUCGGCCUGCUCCGCCUGGCGCGCGACGUCGCCUUCACCGCCUCCAUGCGCCCCGCCUGCCUGCACCUCAGCAUGGACAUCGCCGCCAGCGAGGCCAUCGCCACCGGAUGGGGGUACACGGACUGGAUUUCACCUGAGAUUUCGGAUCGACUUAUGAAAGUGAAACUGCCUUUUCAAAAGACUGAGCUCUGCAGCAAAGCGUACAAAACCCUUAGCAACACGUUUCGGCUCAGAAGAGGGAUUUUAGAGGAAUCCAUGAUAUGUGCAGGAGGCAAAGUUGGAAAAGACACUUGCAGGGGUGAUUCAGGUGGCCCGCUGCAACUGAAGUUGUCGACUCCGUAUUGCAUGUUCGGAAUCGUGGGCGUCACGUCCUUCGGCCCCAAAAGUUGCGGCAAAACUAUCUCUCCUGCGGUCUACACCCGCGUUUCACACUACGUGCCGUGGAUCGAAAGCAUCGUCUGGCCCAGCCAGAAAUAAGGCUGUCUUUCAUUUUAAUAUUUAUAUUUUUAUUAAUUAUUUGCUUAAAGCUGGAGACUGAUAUUUAAGCCAAGACUGCAAGAAUAGUGCUUUUAACAAAUCAUAAACACAUUUUGUGUUUUUCUAGUCUAUAAUUUUCACAAUUGUGGUUAAUUUAUUUAUGUUUUAAUAUUAAUAUAAGAGAAGAUUAUUAAACAUGAGCAUAGAACACGGGAACCUAAAAUUCAUUAUUAAUUUUAUUUAUUAAAUUAUUACCAUUUUAAGUUCGGUAAAAUAUUAG